AUGGGCACGAUUCAGAAAGCCAUCGACUUGAUCACAAAGGCCACGGAGGAGGACCGAAACAAGAACUUCGAGGAGGCCGUCAAACACUACGAUCAAGCCAUCCAGUACUUCAUCCACGCCAUUAAAUACGAGGCCCAAGGCGAACGUCAAAAGGAGACGAUCCGGCAGAAGGUGGAGGAGUACCUGAAGAGAUAUCAGCAGAUAAAAGAAUUCCUGAAGGACAGCCGGGAGGGCAAGAAGGUGAAAGACAACGGGUCCAAGGACGGCGACGACAGCGAUGAAGAUGUGGAAAAGAAGAAAAUGCAGGACAAACUACAAGGUGCCAUCGUGAUGGAGAAGCCGAAUGUGAAGUGGACGGACAUUGCCGGGCUCGAAAGUGCGAAGGAGGCUCUGAAGGAAGCCGUCAUCCUGCCGAUCAAGUUCCCGCAGCUCUUCACAGAGGAUCAAUCUCAAGAAAAAAUU